GUGUCCGUGGCAGCAUGGGAACCUCCGCGUCCAAAAGGAGGAAUCUGAGACACGACGCGAGGUCAUCGGUGGCGGCAAAAGUUAGAGCAGCACGAGCAUUCGGAGAGUACCUGUCCCACACACACCCUGACAACCGAAACGGAUCAGCUCAUCUGCUGUGCGAGACCUUGGCGGGCGCUGAUCCAGAGUCGCCAACCGGGCCCGGCAGCAACAACAACCACAUUGAGCUGGACUUGGCUAAGGACGCAGAGGCCCCUUCCGAUCCGCACCGGCCGCCCUCCGUCUCCAACAAGCCGGUGCGUCUCUGUCUGGAGCGGAGCUUUUCGGCGGAGGAGGACGUGCAGAAGGCAGUGGAGUGCGCCCUGCAGCCGGCCCGUGUCUACACCAUCACCACCCGACACGGCAUGCUGAUGAGCGGCGGGCGGGGCAGCAAGGAGAGCCUAGAACUGGACGUCCUCAAGGAGAGGACAGGGAGCGGGGGAAUCAAGGGGGGCCAUGCUACCUCGAUCCAGCCCUCCACCUCCCCGUCCUCCUCCUCCUCGUCGCCCACCCAGCUUGCCGCAGGCAGGCGCGGGGGCCACCACCACCACGGCGGCAACCAUCACCACCACCACCCCGGCCCGAGCGGCGCAGGGGCCUGCGGGGCAAGCGGGAGCAGCAACCAGCACUCCCACCACACGGUCUCUCACCACCACCACCACCUGGCCCAGCCCCCGCUGCAGACCUCCGUCAGCGCCCACAACAUCCGCAGCUGGGGGGACAACAGCCCGAAAGGGGAGGCGGAGUGCAGCGGGUUGGCCUGCGACUCCUGCAGCGCCGUCCCCUCGCGGAGCCAAGGGUCUCUGGACCUGGAGAGCGCCGCCCGAGAGCCAGGCAAGCAGCACCGACGCCUAGAGAGGAUGUGGAGUGUGGACCGGGUGACUGGGCUGGAGAGAGACGACGCCAACUGGUUCCCCAAGGAAAACAUGUUCAGCUUCCAGACGGCGACGACCACCAUGCAGGCGUGAGUGAACUUCCGGAAGCACCUUCGGAUGGUGGGCAGCAGGAGGAUUAAAGCGCAGACGUUUGCUGAGCGUAGAUCGAAGAGUUUCAGCCGCUCCUGGAGUGACCCUACCCCUGUCAAGACUGACUCUCCUCAUGAGCCCAGAGACAGUGGCGACCUGCAGGCGUCCUGCGGCACGCUGGACGAAGGCGGCGUGGACGACUCGGCCGACUGGGAGGAGGAGCGAGAGAUGGAGAGGCUGGCCUGCGAGGGAGACGACUUUGUCCCCCCCAAAAUCAUGCUGAUCUCCUCCAAGGUGCCCAAGGCCGAGUACGUGCCCACCAUCAUCCGCAGGGACGACCCCUCCAUCAUCCCCAUCCUCUACGACCACGAACAUGCCACCUUUGACGACAUCCUGGAGGAAAUUGAGAAGAAGCUGACGGCUUACAGGAGAGGAAGCAAGUUCUGGAGGAUGCUCAUCUUCUGUCAGGGAGGCCCGGGUCAUCUCUACCUCCUGAAGAACAAAGUAGCGACGUUUGCUAAAGUGGAAAAGGAAGAAGACAUGAGCCAAUUCUGGAGACGACUGAGCCGACUGAUGAGCAAAGUGAACCCAGAACCAAACAUGAUCCACAUCAUGGGAUGCUACGUGCUGGGGAACCCCAAUGGAGAGAAGCUGUUCCUCAAAUUGAAGAAUCUGAUGAGGCCUUAUUCCGUCGAAUUUCAGUCGCCGCUGGAGCUUUCUGCACAGGGCAAAGAGAUGAUCGAGAUGUACUUCGACUUCCGCCUCUACCGCCUUUGGAAGACACGCCAACACUCCAAGCUCUUGGACUACGAGGACUUGUUGUGACCGGCGAGGAUGGAGUUGCUCAUGGACGUAACAGUGCCCCCUAGUGACGAUGGAGAUGCUCAUGGACACAACAGUGCCCCCUAGUGACGACGGAGAUGUUAAUGGAGACAACAGUGCCCCCUAGUGACGACGGAGAUGUUAAUGGACACAACAGUGCCCCCUAGUGACGACGGAGAUGUUAAUGGAGACAACAGUGCCCCCUAGUGACGAUGGAGAUGUUAAUGGAGACAACAGUGCCCCCUAGUGACGACGGAGAUGUUAAUGGACGCAACAGUGCCCCCUAGUGACGACGGAGAUGUCAAUGGACGCAACAGUGCCCCCUAGUGACGACGGAGAUGUCAAUGGACGCAACAGUGCCCCCUAGUGACGACGGAGAUGUCAAUGGACGCAACAGUGCCCCCUAGUGACGACGGGGAUGUUAAUGUACGCAACAGUGCCCCCUAGUGACGACGGGGAUGUUAAUGGACGCAACAGUGCCCCCUAGUGACGACGGAGAUGUUAAUGGACGCAACAGUGCCCCCUAGUGACGACGGAGAUGUUAAUGGAGGCAACAGUGCCCCCUAGUGACGACGGAGAUGUUAAUGGAGGCAACAGUGCCCCCUAGUGACGACGGAGAUGUUAAUGGACGCAACAGUGCCCCCUAGUGACGACGGAGAUGUUAAUGGACGCAACAGUGCCCCCUAGUGACGACGGAGAUGUUAAUGGACGCAACAGUGCCCCCUAGUGACGACGGAGAUGUUAAUGGACGCAACAGUGCCCCCUAGUGACAACGGAGAUGUUAAUGGGGACAACAGUGCCCCCUAGUGACGACGGAGAUGUUAAUGGACGCAACAGUGCCCCCUAGUGACGACGGAGAUGUUAAUGGACGCAACAGUGCCCCCUAGUGACGACGGAGAUGUUAAUGGACGCAACAGUGCCCCCUAGUGACAACGGAGAUGUUAAUGGGGACAACAGUGCCCCCUAGUGACGACGGAGAUGUUAAUGGACGCAACAGUGCCCCCUAGUGACGACGGAGAUGUUAAUGGAGACAACAGUGCCCCCUAGUGACGACGGAGAUGUUAAUGGACGAAACAGUGCCCCCUAGUGACGACGGAGAUGUUAAUGGGGACAACAGUGCCCCCUAGUGACGAUGGAGAUGUUAAUGGACACAACAGUGCCCCCUAGUGACGAUGGAGAUGUUAAUGGAGACAACAGUGCCCCCUAGUGACGAUGGAGAUGUUAAUGGACACAACAGUGCCCCCUAGUGCCACGUGGAAGCCAUGCAGUGACUAUCUACUUUCCAAUUUCCACCCUAAAGAGGUUCCUGCUGGUAAAAGAGUAAAAAGAGAAACAAGGUCA